AUGAAAACUGAAGGUGUUACUGGCGGCGGCGGCGGUAGUGGUGCGAUUAGAGCUCUUGGUUCUCUCUUCAAGCUCACUGAAGUCUACAUAUGGGUUGAUGGCUCGACGGAGACACGAGAAAUAUCUUUGUUGCCUGAGUCCUCCAAAUCAUCUACAGACUUCGACGAUAUCAGCUCGAACAUCCCAGCCUCAGCUAACGAAUUUACUGAGUUGUUAGAGAAUGAAGAACUGACCAAAGAGAUGGAUGCGUUAGGGCUUCCCAUUUCCUUCCUGUCCAUUAAGGAGUCGAGGAACAAAAUGAAUAAAAGCAAAAGGAAAGGUGCUCGCUUGAAGCAUUCUCGUACUAAUAAAGAAGCCAAGGAAGAAGCAUUAGAAUUUACCCAAGUGAGUGGGUUGGAGAUUGUAUCUCCUAGGUUUAAUGAUGUUGCAGUAGGGAUCAGUGAAACUGAGUGCCUCACUGGUGAUUCAGCAAGUUCGACUGAGAUUAUUUCUAGUGCUGUCACAGAGAAAAUCCUUGGGGGGGCAUCUAACUACCUGUCUAAUGCUGGCCAGGAAUACGAGUCUGCAACACACUGUGAUUUUAUGUCCAAGUAUGAAGAUAAUGAAGAACAAAGUUUGAGCAAUCCAUAUUGUGCACCUCCACCAGUGUGCUUUUUAACAGAUGCAGGUGCUAACCAUGGUGAGAAAGAAAUUGGCAGAAUGUUAAUGGAGUACGAGUGUCUAGAAGAUUCAUCUACUGCUCACCAUCAUGAAGAAGGUGAUAAGUUUUGCAAUGGUAAUGGCACUGAGCAUGUGGGGAUUUCUGAACCUGCUGAGUUUUCUCAGAGUUCGGAAGCAGUUAGACACGGUGAAAUAGACAAUAAUCACUACUAUGGUGAUUUUGGAGAUUGGAGGGCGUAUUGGGACUCUUUCUACAUGAGAUAUUACUUCCACAAUGUGAAAACAAACACUUCUACAUGGUAUCCACCCCCUGAUAUGGAACAUCCAGCAUCUGGCGAUAUAACUGAUGAGUCAAAUGAAGCAACUGCUGAAUUGACUGAAAUGGAUGGCAGGCCUUCCUUUUCCUGUGGUUCACUAGAUUAUCCCGAGACAUCUGAGGGACCUCCAAAUGAUAAGAGACAUAUAAAUCAAUCAUCCAAUGAAGUUCCGGCAGUGAUUGGAGUAGCUACUGGCAACUCUAUGCCUGGUUUAACUAUGCUCCCAGCAAAUGGAACUUUUGAGCAUGUGGAGGAACUUCUUGGGAUCAAUAGAAGUUGUGAUAAAGAACUUGCAUUGUACUUACCAUCAGAUGUGCAGGAGUGUAUGGACAGCUUGAUGAGUAGAGUCAUGGAGGAAGUUACUGAGGAUGGCAAUAUGUAUCUAGAAAUUGCUGAUCCUGCAACUGAUAAUUUGGAUAUUCAGGUUGACCCCAUCAGAAAACAGAAAAAGAAAAAGAAAAAAACACGAGUCCGUAAGAAAUCAUCAAUGGAUAGUGCAGAAUGUCAAAGUGAACAGAUGUUUGAAGAGUUUUCUUCCAACAUUGGCAAAUAUUGGUGUCAAAGGUACACUUUAUUCUCCAGAUUUGAUGAUGGUAUAAGAAUGGAUGAGGAAGGAUGGUUUUCUGUUACACCAGAGCCUAUAGCCAAGCAUCAUGCAUUGCGUUGUGUUGGGGACACCGUAAUUGACGGUUUCACUGGUGUUGGUGGAAAUGCCAUCCAAUUUGCACAGAGGUACAAACAUGUCAUUGCAAUUGAUAUUGAUCCCACAAAGAUUGAUUAUGCAUUUCAUAAUGCUUCCAUCUACGGAGUUAAUGACCAAAUAGAUUUUAUAGAAGGGGACUUUUUUGCUUUGGCAUCAAAACUGAAGGGGGACACUGUCUUCUUGUCACCUCCUUGGGGAGGACCUGCAUAUUCUAAAGUAAAGACUUACGACAUCAAGACCAUGCUUAAGCCACGUGAUGGAUAUGUUCUCUUUAACACUGCAAAGCAAAUUGGUCGUAAAAUUAUCAUGUUUCUGCCGAGAAAUGUUGACCUCAACCAAUUGGCAGAGUUGUGUUUUUCUUCCAGUCCUCCAUGGUCACUGGAGGUUGAGAAGAACUUUAUGAAUGGCAAGUUGAAGGCAAUAACUGCUUACUUCAGCAACUCGAUUGAAGGACGAUAG